AGACACAAUGAUGUUCCUUGACUUCACAGGCAGCCGAUGGCACAGCGCUGUUCAAAAGUCACGUAAAAACAUUCUCCAAGAGAAGAGGCUACGUAGCUUCUUUUAUGUCAAAGGUAGACAAAACAGCGCAUUUCGGGAUUGGAAUGCACUUCAACCAUUCACUUUGGACGUUGGAUGCGGCAAGUGUUUUACUUGACAAUUCAAGAGAAGACCAGCUGUCAGAUGUGGCACGGCACUGGAUAGCUGGACUUGUCAAACAUGGACCAGGUCUGACAGCUCUUUGUUCACCCACAGUGAACUGUUACCGACGCAUGGGACAGAAAAGGCUCCCAACACGGAGCGAUUGGUCUGUGCAGGACAAGAAUGCAACUUUUGUGGUGCGGAAAAGUCGAGGCGACAACAUCUUCAUUGAGGACAGACUCCCCAGCUCAGCGAGCAAUCCCUAUCUGGUCAUGGCUGCCACAGUGGCCGCCGGUAUAGACGGGAUCAGGAACAAGAUACCCCUGCCAUCUCAGACCGAAGAAUUCUGCCUUCUUCCCCCGGACCUUGAGACAGCCUUGACCUGCCUAAAAGAGGACGCGGUGCUGGUGGGUGCCCUGGGCAAAGACCUGGUCGAACUCUUUGUGGCAACCAAAACAAUGGAGAUCGAUCACCUUAAGAGUAUGGGGCAGACCAGCGGCACAGACAGCUUUCAGCACGAGUAUCAUCUUUACUUUCAGAAUGCCUGAUUGUGUACUUGAGAUAAUUAUUGUCACCUAGAAGUGCCUCAGGGCACCCAUAUUUCGGACGGUAAUUAUAAUUGCAUAAAGGGAUUUUUUGUGUUUCUGCAUAAUUGUUGAAACACCACGUGAAAACACAGUGUUGAGAAAAGAUGAAUUACUAGUUUUUUUUUCGAUUUCACUGUAGACAGUUGCCCGUGAUUUAAAUGCAUUCACUAUUAUUUGACAGUGAACAUGCAAAGCAACCUUUGCCGCAAUAUUAAUCAAUGAUUUUCUUUUCUUUGAAUCCAGCUCAAUGGAUGUAUGCCAGUCAUUUUCACAGCAUUAAAAGUACCGGAAACCCGAAGGGAAAUCGCAAAACA